AUGAAAAUUAAAAAAGCUUUGCUUUUAAUAAAUUUAAUAAUUUUAUUAUGCAAAAAUAGUCAAGAAGCAAGCCGUAACGAAUUAUUAGCUAUAGUAGCAGCUGAGGAAUAUGAAGAAAUAUUAACUACAGCUAAGGAUUAUAUAGAAUUUAUUGAAAAUUUUGAAGAGGGAAAUGAGGAAUUAUUAGGAGGAUUCUUAAUUAAAAUAAUUUCAAAAUUUUAUAAUUAUUUUAUUGAAAUGUUUAAAAUACGCCCUUCAAAUAAUUCUGCCUAUCAAGUUUAUAAAUAUGUUUUUGGAAAUGAUGAAGGGUGGAAUGAAGAGGUUGGAAGUGUUAUUAAUAAAUAUAUUUUUAAAGCAAAAUUGUUGGAGGGUAAAUUAAAGUGCUUGGAAGAUGAAAAGAAAAAAUUUUGUGAAAUACACAAUUUAAUUGAUGAAUUUGUUAAGGAUGAGGAAAUUUUGAAGAAUAAAGUGUGCAAAGACAAAUUAAUGACAACAUAUAAAUUGAUGAGACAUGUAAAGCUUUAUUUUAAAUUGCCAGGGUUCAGGUGCUCUACCGAUUGCUGUUCUUUCUAUAGAUAG